CGGUAGGUCACUGGAGUUAAUGCGGUCGUGAAUUGUAAUGUAGUUUUGUUUGAAAAAUGUUUGUAAAUGAAUGAACUGAAACUUUGUUUGUACGUGGGGAUAUGCAGUGGGCAGUGUGAGGAGGCAGAGAAUGGCAGAGCCAGACAGAAGCUCGACAGAUGGAACACCAGAAAAUGAAAAUGAGGCUGACUCUGGCACUCAGAAUGAAGGUGGUCACAGCAAUGAGGAAAAUGGUGAUCAAGACAAUGAAGCUGAUCAGUCUGGUGGACAAGGGAGUCCCUUAGCAUCGGGUGGUCCGGAUGGUACUCUAAACACGAACUAUGAUUCCAGUGAUGGUGCUAUACCAGUCCAUCGAUGUGAACGAUGUGACAGUUAUGAGACUCUGUCUCGUGCCGCAUUGCUUACGCAUCUUUCACGAUGCUCGGGUGGUGAGGGAGAAUCUUCUGCACCGGGAGAGGCACAUCGAGGUCACGAUCGUAAAAUAUUUGAAUGUGAUGUGUGUAACAUGAAAUUUUCAAAUGGCGCAAAUAUGCGACGCCAUAAGAUGCGCCACACUGGUGUUAAGCCUUACGAGUGCAGAGUGUGCCAGAAAAGAUUUUUUCGCAAGGACCACCUGGCUGAACACUUCACAACACACACAAAAACUCUGCCAUAUCAUUGUCCAAUCUGCAACCGUGGAUUUCAGCGUCAAAUUGCUAUGCGAGCCCACUUUCAAAAUGAGCAUGUAGGGCAAAAUGACAUGAUAAAAUCCUGUCCAUUGUGCAGCUAUCGGGCUGGAUCCAUGAAGAGUUUAAGAGUACAUUUCUUCAACAGACAUGGAAUUGACUUGGACAAUCCUGGACCAAGUGCACCCAGUGCAUCUUCAUUACUACAAGGCAGCCAUUGCUCACCACUGGAGGUGAGCUGCAAUCUGAGUGUUGCAGCAACGUACAGUGACAGUGGCGACUCAAUGGGAGCAAGAUCAGUGGACAACGCCACUCCACCAAUGCACUUCCUCACUCCUCAUGUUGAGAUAUCAAUGGCAGAUGCACCCGCAUCAUUUUCACCUGCUCAGUGUGAACCACCUUUGGGAGGCAACUCUCAGUCAAGCUUAGAACCUUCUUCACAGCGAGUAAAUGGUGAUUGUCCUGGUUCACCACAUUCAGUUGAUUCCAACUCAAAUGCACCGUCAAGCAGUCACACAGUUGGAGGUGCAAGCAAUGGUGGAAACAGUUCAGCCCGCACCAUAUCUGAGCUGGAUGUAGCCACAACUAUCACUCCGUCCAUCUCACUUAUCCCAAUAAAGCAGGAACCUGGUAGUGGCACAGAUGAACCUUCACAAAGGAGUAAUGGGCCUGUGAACCUCACCACUGCUCACACGUUAGCUGCAACAUCUGUAGAGUCAAACAAUAAUAUCCAGUUCCAGUCGGCCACUUCCAGUAGCCUUACCAGUCUAAUCAAGGUUUCGCCUCUAAAGUCACUGCUUCGUGAUGACCUGAAACGAAAAAUUGGAAAUCGUAGCAGUUCAUCAAUUCCUGCUCGAGGUCGUCCAUCGACUGCUUCCCCAAGACCGGAGAGCUCGUUCAGCUUACAGCCCAUUGCAACAACAACAAAUGGAACGAUCACUUCAACAGGACCUGAACAGCCUUCUGACUCUACAGAUAAUUUUGUAUUGGUGUAAAGUAAUACUUUGUAUUACCCAAGGCUAACUUGUUGCUGUGAGAUGUUGACAGAAAACCAUUGUAGAUAGAAGUGUAGUUCCACACAUGCAGAUUGUUUUUUAAUGUAAUUCCACAACAGAAAAAGGUACAUUUGAAGCUAAUCUGUUAAGUACAUACUGAAAUUUAAAGGUAAAAAGCAUGUAUUUGUGUGAAGAUGGCCAUCUUGUCUGAUGGAUAUUUACCAGUGUCUCAGAGGAGCUUACUGUCUCCAUCACCACCACCCUGAAGAAGAAGGCAGUAAGUUCCUCUGAAAUGUCAGUUAAUGUUGACCAGACUACACAGUGCAGCAUCCCACAAGAUGGCCUUCUUCAUAUUCAUCAUUGAGAACCUGAAAUUGUGUGUGUGUGUGUGUGUGUGUGUGUAAGAAGCUUCAAACCAAUAGUUAAAAUGUAGCUAAGAGGUGGCAGAAACAAGUGCUAUAAUUAAAUAUCUCUUCGAGGUAUGUCAUAGGAGAGAUGCAGACUAACAAUUAAUCCUGUCUGGAGGCUCACAUCACCAUACAGACACGAAGUCCUGCAUUAUGACCAUGAAAGCGUGUAAGUCUUCAUUUCAAGACGACAUUCCGUAAUUCGUCUCCUGUUACCUUAAAAGCACAAGGAAAUAUCUAUGUAAAGUUUGGUGCUUUAAUUACAUGCCAGAAAAUUAGCAAAUUAUAGCCAGGGAGAAGUCAGGCUUCUGCAGAGCUGAAUGGUUUCUUCGUAUAGUUCAACAUUUUUAGAUUGUUUAUUGGUGAAAUAAAGUGCUUAGCAUUUGAAGUACAUGUAAAUAUUUUCUGUUAUAAGCAUGGUCUCUCACAGGGGCUAAAGUCAGCCUUGGGUGUUGACAGUAAUUUUAUUCUGUUUAACAUUCUGAAAUAACAUGACUGGUUGGUUUAUAUUGUAAAGUUAAAGUGAAUGAUUUAUUUUGUGUAACCAGCAUCACUCAGAAAUCUCCUAAAUGUAGUCCACCAUACUGAUCCCAAAUAUGUCAUCAUAAUGCUUUGCCAUUCCUCAUCUCUCAGUAUGUACAAGGUCUGGCAUUUGGCUGGCAUCUCUUAGUACUCUUGUGCCUUCAGCCAUUGUGUGUCUUCAGGAUUUCAGGUUUUCACAGUGGUGUGUCUGGGGUGUUGUGGCAUGUAGUCUGUUAGAAGUUUACUGGCGUUUGAGCAUUCCUUGCUGCCUCCAUCAUCAGGACGAUGAGUGAUCGCUCACUCACCGCCCUGAUGAUGGACACAGCAAGGUCCUCUAAAAUGUCGAUAAACUUCUAACAGACUGUGCAGUGCAACACCCCAGAAGACGUCCAUCUUGAUUAUGUGUUUAUCUCCGCUUGGACGGAAUGUUGACACACACUGGUUGAAUUCUGAGUGUCGUUUGGUUUGACUGGCAUUGGGGGCUGUUUUGUUAUUUCAGUAUCGAUCAGGUUGGCUUUGUGGUUUGUAGACAAUAAAGCAACUGGGUGUAGCCUGGACAGCAGGGGCAAGGAAGUAAAGCUGUAUACAGUGACACCUGACAGCUUGCUUCAUGAUGCAUAAAAUUUCACUGUGUGACAAUUUAACACACUUGUUGAGCGACAGGAGAGUCAAAAUGUUAUACAUUGAGUAAGUUAGUGAUAGCUGAAGCAUCCUUUACUAGCAGUCGGUCCAAAUUACAUUCACUCUGGCACCAAAAGUCUUCAUUCACAUUCCAAUUGUGAAAGUAUGUGCGUUUUGUAAUCACAUGCUAGGGACAAAAUUCUUUAACAUUUUCAAGCUACAGAACAUAUAUAUUCAUAGUUGAAUUAUGGAAAAGUAAGCAUCAAAUUUAAGUAAAUUUUAAAAAGGACAAGUAUUUGCCAAUAUGACAACUUCAUAGUAGAGGCACAUGCAGUAACAUAUCCUACAGGAGUUCACAGCAAUAAAGAGUUGUAUGGUUUGUGUAAUGUUUUGCUUUGUGUGUAUAAAAGAGGGCCUAAAACAAUGGUUUUGAUUGGAGGUUGUUUUUUUUAGCAUAAUGAUAUCACUCCGAAUGUUAUUGACAACUCAGUCAUGUUAUUUUCCAUAGUCUCUGAUGAGCCCAUGAAUCGUGUACAGUAUUUAUUAUUAUGCAUAAAUUAUUGUUUUGGGUGUUAAAUAAUUUUGGGUGACUUGGUUACAUAGGAAUUCAAACUAAUAUUGAUAAACCUGAAGUAUAAUGUAAUCACAAAGACCUUCCUUAUUUGUAUUUGUUUCCUUCACAGAAUUUCUGGAAUGUGUAUAUUGAAGUCACUGUUAGUAGACUGAUGUGAUUGGAGUAUAAUCCGUCCAAACCACAAAUUGUAGAGUUAUAGCAGCAUAUGCAAAUAUGUUUUCCUUUAGAAUAAGCGUUCCAUAAACUAUUCAAAUGAAAUAUUUUAACAAUAAGAGACUAGCCUCUGAAAUGAUGCUAUUGAUUUAAGAAGGAAAUAUUCAGUUGUUCUCUUUAUGUAUUACAUAAGUAUUUUGUUCUUCAAUAAGGAUUUAGAUCCAGAGUUGAUGUAGACAGUUCAGUUUCACAUGGAAUGUAGAUAACUUGGUUCAGACUUUUUGGAGGUGGGGGGGAUGAGUGGCACUUUCAUAUAUUACUUUGUAAUAUAUUGUAAAGUCCAUUAGACUGAUACAAGCAGUGGUUGGCUGUCACACUACAGAAUUCCUCUCCAGUCCAGUAAAAUACCUUUAUGUUAGGAAACCAAUGAUAUAGAAUUUAUUAUGAAAUAAUCAUGAUGAACGUUAAAUUUGUUUCUAUUACUAAUAUUUCAUUUGUUAGCAUUAUGGUAAAUAAUUUAUUCUUGAAAGUAUGUAAAUUAUUUACCACAAUAUUAGAACUGGAAAGUUCAUUGGCUGUGAAGUUAGUUCUUAUAUUAACUUCACUGAGUCACUGUAUUUUUAAGUUUCAGAAGAAUGCAGUAUCAUUCAUCUCUGAAUGUUAUUGAUGAUGCAGAUCAGUCCAUAUUAAAUGUGCAUUAUUUGUGGAAUAUAUAAAUGUUAAUUUAGUUGAAAAGCAUUUGUGGGUGGCAGAUUAGUAAAACCCUGGCUACUUUAUAGUACAGUUUUGAUGUGGUAGGAGAGGGGUUGAAAAUUGAUUCAGAACAAUUCACUAAUCAGUCACAUUUGUGACAGAUGUUGGUCCCUUCAUUAUAAAAUCUUCUGUGCUUAAUUGAAAGUAAAAAAUAAAGGAAAACUCCCUUUUCAUGUUGAUCAGACACUUUUUUGGGACAAGUGACGUAAAACCUAUGAUAUCUUUUUACUCAGAUUUGAGAAUUAUAACUUGGGCAAAGAAUAAAGUUGUUUAAAAUUGCUUCUGUAGUACUCUUGACAAUACAGGCAAAAUUUUGGCAGACUGGUAAUAUCUGUAUUCAGAAGAUCCAAAGAUUGAAUGCAGAAAAUUGAUUCUAUGAGUAUGACAAAGAUUUCUUAGUCCUUCCAGGAAGGUACUGAGAUAGUUCCAGCAUAACUUUGUACUACAUUCCAUUUAAUUUGUAUGUCAUUCAGAUCUCCGUAACCAGUUUGCUGCAAAUGUAUGGGACAUAUUACUGUACAGUCAAUCAGUUCAGACUUUUCUCUUUCAUGUGCAAUUUGUCAUAGGCUUCAUUAAUUUUAUUGCAGAAGUGUGCAAUAUCCAAACCAAUUUUUUGAAAGUAUUUGUUUCCAUCAUAUUGAACAGCAGUUCUGAUACUAAAAAAAAUCCUAUUUGUCCAGUACUAUUGCUGUAAAUGUAUUGGAAGUUAUUUGCACAAUAAAUAUAACUGCCGACAGUUUAUGGUGAAAAAAUUCAUAUUAAAGAAAUGCCUAAAAUGCAUUUACAGCUUACAUGCUCAAAGGCUUUAUUCCUUUUUGUUUAUGGAAUAUUUUACAAAUACUAUCCCAUCUGAAAACAUUUUAAGUAAAGCUGGAAUUUUUAACUCAAAUUAUAUCCUUAUGGUUAAUUGCUUCUUUUUCUUAAUGUUUCCAAAUUGUACAUGUGGAACUGAAAUAAAUAUUUUGUUAAACUUGAAUACAUUCCAUUAUCAAUCUUUCCAGUGAUACUAAUGUAAUCACGGUCUAUUUUUGUUAUUUUAAUACUGCAUAAAAAUAAGAUUGUGUGUGUGUGAGAGAAAUAUAAUCAGUAAAAUGCCUCAUUAUUUGUUAUGCUUUUAGUCCAGAACAAAAUGCAGUUGUUCUCCAUUUAUAGUGCCUUUUGUUCUGGACUAUAGUGUUACUAACUAGUAACAUUAAAGUUUGUGGGAUAACCAUUCUGCGGCAGUGCAUUCCAUUGCAGUCUGUAUUAAUGAGGUGUUUUGUCAUUUAAUGCUGCCAUCUUUUUUGUUAUUAUGUCUGGAAACCAGAGAGUUUAACAUAUUUCAUAUUGUUUGGAUUCAGAACUCUGACUCUUGGGUGUUGCAGUAUUCUUCAUAAGUAAACUUUAAAAACAAUUUAAAAAGAGCCACGAACUUUAAUCGUUCAAGAAUAGGGGAUUUGAAGCCCCAUUCUACAGAGCUACCAGCAAGAUUGUAAUUCAGAGUUUUAACACUUUAGUAGUAUGCUACUGUGACAUGCUGCUAGCUGGGUAACUGACAAAGGUUAAAGUGGUCUUGUAUUUUAAAAACUUUCUUUUUAUUCCCAAAUUGAAAUGUGUACAAUUUUGAAGGAAUUUAAGCUAAUGUUAUAAUAUUUCCCUGUAACUCAUUGGCUUCCAGUCAUUGCUGUUUUGAUAUUCUAUGUGGUUAAGUGAAAUUUUUUAGUCCUUUGGAGUAAACAAAUUGUGUUGUUUUUGACUUGUUAGUAAACAGUUUAACAUGAUGGAUUUUAUAUGUCCAAAUAAGUUAAGUUUUGUGCAAGGAAAAAUACACAGGAAUAGAACUUAAAAGAGGACUGUAGUUCCUUUUCUUUGACACUUUCAUUUUUAAACAGAAAUCCUUUUAACAUCACAUCACAUGUAAGUCAUAUUUAAAAUAAUUAAAAUGUAUAUGCACCGUGCUGAAUGUCUUUUAAGUAACUGUAGCACUUUUUUCACAUUGCAGAGUAAUAUUCUAUGGUUCUUCUUCUCAAGCUCUACAGUCCACUGUGAACUUUGGCUUCCUGAUAUUCUAUAGUUAAUAUGUCAAAAAGUUCAUAAAGUUUUUCCCAUGUCACCAUUGAAUGUUUCAAAGUAGUUUUCUUCCACUGUUGCACAUUUCUCUCAUUGGUUGUUACGCUUCUGCAGGUCUUGUACUGCCACCACCUUUCAUCUCUUCUGCUGACUGGAACUGUCGCCCCAUCAAAAAUUAUUUUUUUCUGGCAGGGGCUAGAUAUGGAGAGUAUGCUGGUUGCAUACCUUUUCCUGGCCAAAUACUGCUGUAUCAAAAGACACAGAUCAGCUAAUGCAUUGUUAUGGUGCAGGAGGUGGCUUCUUGCAGGUGGCAAAGAAUGAGUUUGAAAACUGUACUGAGAUGAACUCGUGCAGUGGUCUAAUUGCGAGCUACCACUGGCCUUUCCUUCCACAGGUCAUCAUCUUCCAGUGAUUUUUGGCCCCCUUUGAAGCAAUUAAGCCAUUUGUACACUGCAGCAUGUCUCAUCAUCAUGGAUUAGCUGUUUCAAGGGGGACCGGCAAUCCGCGAAAGAUGACGACCUGCGGAAGGAAAGGCCAAUGGUGGGUCAUAAUGAGACUACUGCAUGAGUUAAUUUCAGAGAAAUGUAAUAUCAACAAGACCAUUUAUAUUCAUUCUUUGCUAUUUGUGAGAAACUAUCUCCUGCAAGUGAUCUCAUCUCUGGGAAUCCAGAAACUGGCUGCUGCGCCAUGUUGUAUACAAAACUUAAUGUUCACUUGCUUUUCAGAUUAUUACAGCAUCUUGUUCUAACAGGUUCUUAUAAUAACAUAAUUCACCAAACUGAGUAGCCUGUAAUGUGCUUGACACAGUGAACCACUGACCACACAUUCUGUUUAUGCUCAGACACAGGGAGACAAGAAUUACGUUGUUCUGUUACUGUUGCAAAAGUUCAGAAAAUUGUUGACUGUAUUACAUUGGUGUGUUACAGAGUAUGGAAGGAGACACUUGUUUUCUCUUUUCUGCAGUGUUAUUCCUAACCAGCAUAAAUCAGGUACCAUAAUAGUUACUGACAAACGGACAGGCAUCUGAGUAACACAUGUGGUCAUGUUAGCAUGUUUAUUUCACAGCCUGUGGUGUUUUAUGCCUCUUUAUGAUUGUCUUUCAUAUUGUGUCAUUAGAUGAUGUAAUUUUUGUUCCAUAAAAUUGUUAAGUAUGGCGUUAAUAGAUAUAUUUAAUUAAAAGACAGAAUAUGACUUACAUGUGAGACACUAUGGUUUUGUAUUAUGACUAUUUUGUACUGUGGAUGAUAAAAUUUUGCUUCACUGUCAUCAGCAUGUAUUCAGUCUUUGUUUGGAACAUGUUCACAUUCUGGUCAGUAUGUCUGGAUUUUGUAGUUUGCUUAUAUUAUCAAAUUGAUCACUAACAUCUAAUUGAAAUUCUACACAUAUUUCUGUUUUUGCAUCAUUCACAAUUAGUACCAGACGUGUUUUCACUUCAUUUAGAUUUAAUCUGAAAUUUGAAGUUCUCAUGGCAGUGAAGAUGUGUAUUGUGGUUUUCUGAGUUGAGCAACACUACAUGUGUCACAACUCAGAAGACAUGAAUUGACAGUUUAAAUUAAAGUUUUCACAUAAGCACAGUGCUAUAUUUAUUUAAGAUACAUCUUCUGCUUCUUUGUGAAUGAUGUGUUUCCUAUUAAUGUAAAAGUACUGUAACUGCAGUUUACAGGGUGAUAAAUGCUUCUCUGCCCAUGAUAUAUUUUUCUAGAACUUUAUGACAAAAUUAAAUAUCCAAGAAUAACUACAAGAUACCUAAAAGAUGUGCAGAUGAAGGUUCUUGCUACUCUGUGGGAGAUAAUGCCAGGAACAGGAGCUUUUUCCUUUCCUCUUUGCAAAUUUAAGUUUUGUUAAUCGCAGUUUCUCCAAUGAGUACCUCUGUUGUGUUCCCAUCACCCAGCAGCUGCUGUAUUUCCUUAUUCUUUUGAAUCGUGGUGCCUGUGAUGCAGUUCGUUGAAGUAGUAUGUUGUGUUUCAUAGUAUUCAUUUCUCAGACAUUCCAGUAGUUUUUGUUGGAGUCUUUCUGGAUAGAAGAUUGUUAAAGAGAUGCAUUUUAUCAGUCUGCCCCUUUCAUCAGAAAGGAGCCUUGAUGUUAAAUCAUUGAAUGUUCCGACAUGAAACAACAAUGCCCAUUAGCAGUUUUUAUCAAUCAAGAAGCAAUUGCUCCUACACAUAUAGUAUGAUUAAAAAAAUAUACAAAUUAACAUUAACAUAAUUUUAAUACAGAGUGGUGAAUCAUGAAGGCAGGAACAAAAUAAAAGUCAUAGUUUGUGUGUAUGUGAAAUGUAGUAGUUUCUGGAUUUGAAAUGUAUGAUGGCUAGAAGUGCAUGGAAAAUAACAUCAUGAAAUGAAACACAGUGACAGCGAGGGGAAGUAGAAUUAAAACUGUCAGUCGGCAUUGAAAGGCAUCAUCACCAAAAAUAAUAAGAGAAAUAACACAAUGUAAUUUUACAGUAAUAGGGGAGGAAAGUCUAUUGGUGUAUAUUACUACAACACUGCAAUGUGCAUAUUAGUAAUAUUUGACAGUGUAGAUAUUGUUUGAUAUAUAUUACAAAUGUGAAUUAUCUACUAGAUUGUGAAGGAGAGCUGCCAUUUGUUAUGUGCACAAAUUUGAGCUAUGAUCUAUUACAAAGAGCUUGAAGACAGAUGCCAUUCUGCCUAAAUGACCGUCCUAAAUUGGCAGUGCCUUAAAUAAUGAGAUUUUUCCAUAUUGUGUUGUGAUUAAUAUAGUGUUUUCAUAUCUCAUAUUGGUUGUAUAAAAUUAUUGCCUUCCUAGUUAUUUAUUAUUGCUCUUUACUUUUUUAUUUUUUAUACCACUAAAUAUGUAACACAUCAUAUAAAAAUUAAUUCCACAACAUAGCUUUAGUUUGCUGGCAUCUUAUAGGGAUACUACAUGAUAAGUAUAUACCAUGUUAAGUUGGGUCUGUUAUACACAUUUUUGUACACUUGUGAUGGAGUAGAAGAAAUGUGUUUUCAAUUUUGUACAUGUUGUUUGGAUAUGGCUGAUAAAGGCUGCAAUUAAAGUAAUUAUAGAUUACAGAAGAGUGUUACUUAUUAGACAUAUCUGGAGACAACACAUGGUUUAUUGUACCUAAGAGAAAGAUAUUUUCAUCACCAAAUCCUGUUAUUGAUAUCACCAGAAUAUUAUAUGUGAAUAUGUUUGAAAUAAAUUUAUCUGUACACAUGACAACAAAUAACCAACAUACACAUUUUCAUGUCAUUGAGAAAAGAAACUAGUGUUGUAACUUCAAAAUGUUUACAUAUGAAAUUGUGCUACAUAGUUAACAGAAAUGAACUGUGUGAUUGGGUUUAUAUUUGCAUAUAUUUAUUAUUAUUAUUUAUAUGAAGGAAUUUUGUUGGUGAUAGGGUUUAUAUGUAGUUAAUUAAACAAAUAUUUUUAUUUAA